CCCCAGCGGUUUUCAGGAUACAACCGAGGGGUUCCCCUGGCCGUGUGGCAAAAGAAAAAAUGUUUUCCACCCUCAUUCCAACACCACAGCUACAAAACAGACCCACGAAACGAGAGGAAACAAAGACCAAUGAUAAGGUGAGUGAGGAGAGAUCCCUUAUCCUGUUCGGACCACCUAUCCUCACCCGAGAUUCCCUCAAUAUAGCUCGUUCACUUCUUUUCCGUAACACCACUCGGUACGGCAUUUUCCGCUACAGCCUCCAUACCAGCUUGCACUGUUUCGUCUUUUCGAAUUGACGGAGGCUCAAAAGGAAUGGAAGGGUUAAUACAGCUGACCCCCGGUCUGGGAACAAUUGCCCUUGGGCUAGGAGGUAAGUCCUCCGCCAGGCUUUCACCGGUACCUAGCUAACAUACAUAUCUAUAGCCAUUCCCGAAGCCACGCACUCCGGUGUCGAAGCAAACAAGCAAAUGUAUUUGCACAUUGAGGAAGCGAUGAAAGAGGAAGGGUAAAAAACGAAGAGUGAGAUGGGCAACCCCAGGAUUACUAUGGAGCUCAUUAUUUAAGACAGAUAGGCGGUAGGUUCAGCAGAAUCCGGGCAGUGUCUGCGGAGGAGGUUGAUAGCGCUGCCUGGGCUAGAUAGAGAGGAAGAACAGGAGGUGAAGUGCUAUUGGUGCGGAUACCAGUUUCCAUUUUCAAUACAAGGUUUCCUUCCCUGGAUCAGGAUAGACAGAUAGGGGCUUGUGAUCAAGGCUUGCUGAUAACUGGAGCGGUACCGGUGCAGUGUCGCUUAUGUUUUGUGUUUGAUAAUGGAUUUAUUAGACAACGGAUUUGGGGGAAUACAGGUUCUCCCACGAGCUACGGGGGGGAUGAGAAGGCGGGUGUUCAACUUGGAGUCUUAGUAUCUGGAUAGUGGGGCAUAGGAGAGAGGAGUCACAUCUCCUCCAAAGCAAGGUGGUUAUCGAAUGUGGACCGUGGGGAUCUGCGGAGCACAGCCGAUGCGGGCGUCUCUCGGCGUGUAUAAAUUUUAAAUAAUUAUAAGCAAUAACAAGAGGAGACUACCAACUGAGCCGUAUGGGU